AACCAGAUCACCAACAGAACAAAUGGGAAGUAAAGAGCGAUCAAAGAUCGGAAAGAAAAGAGAAGACAAGAGAUUUCUCUCCUCCGAACCAUUCCUUAUUCCGAUCAUCAAAGGGAAGCUAGUGCAGGAAUUGAAGCCGCAAGUGUGUUGGCAAGAGUUGGGCCUAAGCGUGACAUUCCACCAACUCGAUGUUUUGGACAAAUCAUCUAUUGAAGAGUUUUGUGAUUGGGUGAAAGAGCAAUAUGGUGGCAUAGACAUUCUGGUCAACAAUGCAGGUGUCAACUUCAAUAUUGGUUCUGAGAAUUCAGUUGAAUUCGCUCGGAUGGUUGUUGAUACAAAUUAUUAUGCUACAAAAAAUGUGACUAAGGCUAUGAUUCCACUUAUCAGAGCGUCUGAAGCAGGUGGACGAAUCGUUAACGUCAGCUCAAAACUCGGCAGAGUCAGUGGAAAAAGAAACGGCUACUGGCGAAGGAGAUGGCUGAUCGGCCCGACGGCAGAGAAGAUUUACGUGAAUUGUUACUGCCCUGGGUGGGUUAAGACUGCGAUGACAGGGUGGGCGGGUACGACAUCGGCCGAGGACGGUGCAGACACUGGAGUCUGGUUGGCCCUCCUCCCCGAUCAAGCUAUUACUGGGAAAUUCUUUGCUGAGAGACGUGAGAUCGCCUUUUGA